AUGCCUGUAAAAUUGAAGUGGCCCUGGCUCGGUGUUGCUAUACCGUGCUUCUUAAUAGCCUUCAUAGGGUACACUUCUCACUACUUUAUACUUUCUAACUUCGCAAGUUCAAAACAGCAAAUUCUUUUUGAGUUUCCGCUCUCUAUGACAUGGAUAUCUUACGCUCUAGCCAUAUAUGUUAAGGCAGGGAGCCCGCCCGCUGAGUUUAGGCCGAGAAAGGAGCAAUGGACACAUUACUGCAAGAUCUGUAAGAAUUACAAGCCAGAGAGGAGUCAUCAUUGCAAGAGUUGCGGGAAAUGUAUAUUGCUAAUGGAUCAUCACUGUCCGUGGACAAUGAACUGCGUUGGGUAUCGUAAUUUCCCACAUUUCAUGAGAUUUCUACUGUGGGUUAUCACCACUACUGCAUAUCUACAGUUUAUGUUGACAAAACGCGUUCUACAGCUUUGGCGGUUGAGACAUACCCGCAUCUUCAUCCAUAAAUCAGAAUUGUGCUUUCUAGUCACUAACAUUCUUUUAAACGCAUUCGUUUGCUUCAGCAUAUCGAUGCUGCUCAUCAGAUGUAUCAAAAACCAGCUCCUAGAAGGCAGGACUCAAAUUGAGAGCUGGGAGAUGGAACGCAUCGAGAACCUUUUCAAUCGCCGCCGGCUGCUCCCGCAGCUGAUCGAGAAUCUGAAUCGAAUGUUCCCAGAUCAAAAGCACUCGACUGAAAGUAAAAGCCAUGAUUUAGCUUCCAAUAAGAUCCUGCAAGUGGAGGAUGUCGUCAAUUUUCCGUACGACCUUGGCUUUAUGGCAAACGUUGAGAGUUUAAUGGGUCCAAAGCAUACUUGGCUUUUGCCAUGGGGUGGUCCGUCAGGAUCUGGCUGUCAUUUUGAGACUAACGAUUUAGCUAUUUACGAGCCUGAUGCGCCGCUAGAAGAUAGAUUGAUGGCGCUCCCUUGGCCUCCCGACGGCGGACGUCAAAUGUCGAAACACCAGAAUCAAGUGGACUCGAAUGUGUCUAUCCAUAACAGUCGAGGUGAGGCGGUACUCAAAAAGAGACCCCUGGAUACCGCAGCAAAUUCAAACAGGAGGACCUGGCAGAACGACUGGGGAGAAACAUUGGCUGAUUUUGGUGUUGAUGUUGACGCUGACGCUGAAUUAUAG